AUGUCACAAGAAGAAUUGAUCAAGUUAUUAAAAGAUAAACACGGUGUCAUUCAUACUUUAAAAAGUGCAUAUCCCGAUCAAAAUAAACAAAUACAACAACAACAAAAUUAUUUAAAAGUUACUAAUUAUGAAGAAAUACAAUUACUUGAGGCCUAUAGAAGAUCAAAAUACCAGAGAAAUGAUUCAGGCCCUCCUCCUAUGAACUUUGCCCCACCUCAGUCUGUCUAUUUAAAUGUUUGUGUUAAAAAAACUAUAUAUAUUUCUGAUUAA